AUGCAGGAAACAAUCGCGCGACCGAGGCAGGAGAGCCAGCGGAGGCACCGCCUCCUCCUCGUCCUCAGAGGCCGCGGCCGCCUCCUCGGCCUCCUCCACUGCCGUCUCCACCACCACAACCACCACCUCAUCCACCUCCACUGCCCUCUCCACCUGCGGAUCCGCCACGUGCACCUCUGCCGCCCAUGCCGGCACCACGGCCGCUGCCACCGCGACCCCGGCGGUGGCGGCGGCGGCGGCGGCGGCGGCGGCGACGGCGACGGCGACAGCCAGCAGGAGCCAAGCCAGUUCACCGUCGCCCUUCGCCUCCAACGCGCCCUCCCACCCCCCUCCACGCACGUCCUCCUCCUCCAACACCUCGGCCUCCAACGCCUCCUCCCCUCCUCCUCCUCCAGUUCUCGCACGUCCUCCUCCAACACCACCAACCACCGCGGCUCCAUCACGCCCACCACCACCCACCUCUCCGCAUUCACGCCCAUCUCCGCCCACAAAAAGACGUCGGCGCCCGCAGAGACCAGGCUGGUCGUGCUGGGCUCCCCCGCCGUCGGUAAAUCAGCCUUGGUAGUACGACUCCUCACAGGUCGCUUUAUUUGGGAGUACGACCCUACGCUGGAGGCCGCCUAUCGCCACCACACGACUGUGGACGACGACCCCGCAGUGAUGGACAUCCUGGACACGGCGGGCCAGAGCGAGGGAGGGGUGAAUGAGUCCCACUGCCGUUGGGGAGAAGGGUUUAUUCUGACGUUCAGUCUCACGGACCGAACGAGCUUCAACGCCAUUCCAGACAUCCACUCUUCCGUUGCCGCUGCUCGCCAGACGCCAAAUUUUUCGUGUGUCAUUGUCGCUAAUAAAGUUGAUUUGGGUCACCUAGCGGAGGUGCGCGAGGAGGAGGCGUUCGAGUUGGCGGGCGAGCUGGGUGCGUCGCUCUUCCUCACAUCAGCGUGCGACGGAGGGCCCGCCAUCCACGCCGCCUUCUCAGAGCUAUAUCGCGAUGUCGUGCGGCGUCGCUGGUCCAGAAGACGUCGAUCCUCGGCCAAGACAGUCAUCGAGGGCUUCUACAAGAUGUUCUCGAGGUGAUAUCGCAUGAACAGUUCCGCCUACAGACUGGGUCAUUCAGAUCGUGACUCACGAGACUAUCAUGCACGGUUGCACAUGAUCUAGGUCCUCAGGACAUAUUCAUGUACAAGCUCUCGUACUGUCAUAUCUGUCACAUCCAGCGACCCACGUGACGAUGUGUCACGUCCGUCAAGCACAGAAAACGAGAUUUUGUCCUUGAAACUAUGGCGUCUUAUUACGCACAAAGACCUUAUCGCUGCAAGCCCUCGUGAAGCACAAACAUUCACGUCGCAGUAGGAAGACAUCCUUGCCAUCUAGGGAUUUAUGACAUCGUCAAUCAGGUCCGUCUGUAGGUAAACAUAGUGACUGGAAAUAUAGGUUCCAAAAGUGAUGUCAUUGCAGAGUUCUUUCAAAAUAUACUUUGCAAGUAGUGAUUGUUCUUGAACUAGUUAGGCCAGAACACAUGUCUUUAAGAAAUAUAGAAUGAAAAUUAAUAUAUUUUUUUUCUAAUAAUGACUCCUUGUUCUGGAAAUACCACACAUGUAAUUACCAUAGAUCAUGAAGUUAGUUGACCAGUUAAGUAAUCUCAUAAUAUUUUGUAUUAUGUGAAUGUCUUCCUAAUGUCAGUAAACCAGUUUAAAAGCGUGUUGACAAACUGCAAGAAAUGUUUGCCCAUGAUUUAAAAAUUUGUAUGCAUUUAACAUUUCUUCUAAAUAAUUUGCAAAUCAAGUGGGUUCACUUCCUAAAUAGGCAGAUAUAACUCUGCAAGGUUAGUGAUUAAUACUUUGAGCAUUCAUAUGGACAUGGAAUAAAAAAAAUCAAAUGUUGCAUUUUGUGCAUACAUUGCAUCUAUACUUAUUUUCUUAAUUAUUUUGCAUGUAAUUUGUUAUUUGAGUUUCUUUCAGCUGGACAUUCUUUUAGCAGUCUUAAUUUAACAACUUUUUUCUUGUUUAUUUAUUUAUCUAUUUAUUUUUUGCUUCUGAAAUCAUAUACAGGUAUCUACUUAUUAUAUGACACUCUUUCUUGAAUAAUUAACAUUCUACAUUAGUUAUGUUUCACCAGACAACUAGCCAUAGUCUGGAGUACCUGAUUAUCAGAUGUUCUGACAGAUUGUGACAUCCUAAUAUAUAAAUUCAUGUCACACAUUAAAUAUUUCAUGAAUAACAAUGCAAAUGACUGUCUAUUAACAGGUUGUUUGUAGUACAGGCUGUCUCCCUGUUCAUUUUAUUGCAGCAAAAUAUAUUUCCUUAUAAAAUGGAAUAAAGCACAGUGAUAGACUUCUAACUUUCCUCCCUGAUGGAAAUUGAAAUCCACUCAGGUAAUAUUUACAGUUAAGUGGGUUUGAAUCCAUGUUGGGAGCAAAGUUGUACAUAAUUUCUGAUUACAUGUUCUUUUAAAUGUAUAUUACAGCAAACUGUUAAAUAACUAGAUUAUGUCAGAUCUCAUUCUCUAUUUGGCAAAUGUAAUGUCAGACUGCAUUCAUUAAUUAUUUUGAUCCUGCAUAUGUUUAGGAAUGAAGGGCAUCAAAACAUGCCAUAUUCGCAUGUUUAUUGAGUUGAUGAAUGUCUUACUAGAACGUAGUCUUUCAUGGUGAAUGUCUUACUAGACUGUCCCUGAGUAAUGUAUGUUACAAUACACUACAAGGCUGUUCCUGAAUAUCACAUCAAACUGUCCCUGAGAGAUAGAUGUCAGAAAUGUAAAAUAAUGGAAGCUAAACGCAU